GCUUCUGAACUUUUUAAGUUUAGAUUCAGUGUCUUUUAUUUUGAAGGGAGUCAUCCGGAAACUGUAGCUUUCAUUGAGCGUGUCGUCUUGACAGACCGUUCCAUAUACCCCGUGAUCUCCAAAACAACACAACAAAAGUGGGGAAAAAACAUGGCGAGCGGAGAGGAGGCCACAAAACGCCCCUUGGUAACCUCCUCUUCGGUCGGCCUGGAGGAUCUGUUCCCCGCCGGGACCUCGGAGCAGGCGUGCGGGGACGGGAACCCGGAGCUCGAUCGCUUGCGGGAGCGUCUCCAAGCCUGGCUGUCGCCGUACGAGCCCCUGCUGCUGUGGGUGCAGAGGCUGCUGGUCUGGGAGAGGCCGCUGUAUAGCGUCUCAGCCGCCCUGACUCUUAACACUUUAUUCUGGCUCCUGUCCUCCACUUCCCUGCGGCCCCUGUUCCUGCUGAGCGUGUCCCUGCUGGGCCUCAUGCUGCUGGAGAGAUGGAAGCCCAAGUUACCCAUCAUUACAAUUCAACAUGCUGAGGCUGAACCUGCACAAAGCCCAACUUUGAGUUCGGAGCAUCAUCUGCUCAGCGUCCCGGAGCUCAGCCACCACCUCGCCGAGAGCUACGUGACCUGCUGCCUGUAUCUGCAGGAGAUGCUGCAGUACAAACACAGAAACCAUGGAAGGUUCUGCGCGAUGAUGUGCAGCGGCUGCUUUGUUCUCGCUCUGGUUGGUCAUUAUGUGCCAGGAAUCAUGAUUUCAUAUAUCAUAGCCCUAAGCGUGCUGCUGUGGCCCCUGGUGGUGUAUCAUGAGCUGAUCCAGAGGAUGUACACCGGCUUGGAGCCGAUUCUGAUGAAACUGGACUACAGCAUGAAGGGCGACACUGAGCACCGGAAGCACGACAAGAGGAAGGUAAAAAAGGAGCUGGAGGAGGGGGAUGAGCCCAGAGCAGAAACAGAAAGUGAGAGCGAGGAAGAGGAGGAAGAACUGUCCUGUUUUGCUCCAACGGUGGAUGUGAAAACGACAGCUCUGGCAAUGGCCAUCACAGACUCUGAACUGUCAGAUGAAGAAGCGUCCAUAUUGGAGAGCGGAGGCUUCCCCGUCUCUAGGGCCACCACGCCUCAACUGACUGAUUUCUCUGAAGACCUGGACCAGCAGAGUUUCCACAGUGACCCAGAGGAGGCCUUCCUGCGGGAUCUUCCUGAGUUCCCCUCCGUUGAUGAGUUCCCCUCCAUAGAGCACAGUCUGCUUCACUUCCCCCCGCGAGUUCAGGCCGAUGGCGGCCAGUCGGAGAAGGAACCGCUGAGUCCCGCCACGCUCCUCAUCCAGCAUCUGGCGUCGCCUCUGCACUUCGUGAACACGCAUUUCAACGGACACGGGCGGCCACCAGGGGGCGAGGAGGGUGCCCUGCCAGCAGCUGGGGUAAGAGAAGAGGUGGAGGAGAAGGCGGCGGUGAGUCAAGGCACGCAGCGCUCCUUGGAGGCUCUGAGCGAGGAGAUAGUGAGCACGGCCAUCUCCACCGUCGUGCAGAACACUCUGUCUGCGCUGCUGCGCUCCGGCGAGGAUCCCUCCCUGGCCGACUUCCUCCCGACCGAAACCCUACCGGGCGCUCUGGAGUCACCCAGCCAGUCCGCCGACACUACAGUGGGAGUCCCGGAUCCGGACAGAGACCCAGAGGACGGGGCUACGACGACAGAAAGGGCUGCUGGCGAAGAAUACCCGGAUGACACUCUAGUAGCAACUGAGGAAGAGGACUUUGAGCUUUUGGACCAAAGCGAACUGGAGCAGGAGGACGAGGGUCUGGACAGACAGGUGGGCGGGGCAGAUCCAGGUCCAGACGCACCUCAGCAACAACAGUCAUAGCCCCACUGGUCCCCCUUCCAUCUGCUUUUGCUUUGAUUUGUACAUCAUAUCCAUAAAAUCCCCAAAUGUAUAAAUAUAUAUGUCUUUCUCUCUGUUUAAUAGUGAUACUCCAUUCAGUGAAACAAAACUCUACUGUACCUUUUAAAGGGGACGUAUUAUAGGAUAUUUUAUUGAAGAGCUGCCCAUUCUAAUGCGUUUACAGUCGAACUUCUUCCAUUUUCUUUACAAAAUUAAAAGCUGGUUCUGAUUAACCAGCAGCCAGCACUUUGUAGAAAAGUUCAAAUUUCUAACAUGUUACGGAAAAAUUCCUAAAUUAUCCUGUUGACAUGCAGGGCAAGUCAGAGGUUUACUCAUCAUGGGAAAGAGUUCUGUCAGUCUUUUUCUUUUUGUUAAGUUAGAAUAACAAUACUGCUUUUUUUUUCUUUCUUAAAGAGAACAGGAAGAACUUUAAAUUUUUAAAAGAUUUUCUCUAAUCCAUGUUUAUAUUUUUUUAAAGAGAUUGUCAUGGAGGGAAACAAAAUUAAAAGAUGCUUCUGCGUAGCCAGUUUCUCAACUGCUGCAGUAAAUGAGACACUGUUACGCCAAUAUCCAUGCUGUUACAUAAACAUAGACGUUACUUUGUUUAGAAACGUAUUUAAAUUUGCCUUAUAGUUGAUUCCAGAAGCAUUUUCCAAUGCAGAACAACUGUCCUGUUGCAUGGACACCACUGGAUGUUUGUUACUUUUCAUUAGUCCUGUCUUCAUUCUUUUUGUCCACCAACUCUAGUGGCAAUGAGACCACACCAUGAUGCUGCCACCACCGUGCUUGACCUAUGGAACCAUGGAGUUUAACGAAACUGCUUCCCAUGAUGAGUGUGUCUGAACCAUAAAUGUGUCCCCUGGUUGCGACGGUACAGUAGAGGUUUGUGUCGUUUUCCUCCUGAAUGUCUGAGGCAGAACCUGAGUGAAGGAUUAUCGGUUACGGGUUGUGUUCGCCUGGCAACCAGAAUCUGGCUCCUGAUGACAGUAGCUAAUUCCCUGAGUCCGUCCCCGAGCAUAAGUUUGUCAGAAGGUAAAAAUGAUGGAUUUAGAUUUAUAACUAUUAAUAUAUGCUAUAAAUUAUUUAAAUUAACAGCCAGCUAGUAUAGAAAGACUGAACGUUUAUUUUUAUCCUUUUGGCUACCAUAUUAAUUGUAUAUAGGUGUUUUAAUGGCACGGUGUACAUGCAGAUGUAAAUUGUAGGAAAAUUACAUGAAUCCUUUACUGAACCUCUGCAUUUUCGUUAAAAAAAAAAAAAAAAAGAAAAUUUUUUUUAGUGACUCGUUGCCUGAAAAUUGCAGCUUUGUCAUUAUUGGAUGUUAUGAAUAUAGAAAUGGCACACAAGUGACUUUUAUGCGUGGUGAAACAGAAGAAGGAUGCAAUUUUUUUUUCUAUUGUCAUCUGUACAUAAUUGGUCCAUUUGUGACUGAAAAAAAAAGUAAUAUAGGCCCUACAUGUGUAUAGCUGUCACUGUUUGUUACUGUUCAUGCAUGCGGUGUAUUUCGCAUGUAGGAUAAUUUUAUUUUCAGGGGACUUAGCCUAAUUUUUUUUGGGUUUUUUCUUCCUUUUCUUGUAACGGCUCGGUAAUUAUUACAACAAUUUGCUCAGAAGUGAUCGAGUCCGUACGGAGGGGCCUUCUCUGCUUUCAUAAACGACUCAGCAUCCGACUCAGGUUGUACAAAAGCGAACAAGACGCAGUGGAAUAUGUCUCCGUUUCCUGACCGGUCGUAGUGCAUCGUAUUUCUACUAAUCUCUGAUCUGUUUUCUCCCAGUUGCUAAUAGUGUAGAAAUGCAAAAAAAAAAAAAAAAAAAGAUGGGAAGUGUAUUUUCUGCAUGUAAAAACAGCACUCUGUUCAAGUUUUCCUUGUCUUCAGACAAAGUACUGCACAACUUGUGAUGGGGAAAAAACCCCCGAAAAAAACAAACAAACCAUUGAAUGCUUCAGGUGAAAAGAGGUUCAGUUUGAUAUUUUGUUACUAAUGAUGGAAAUAAAAGUUUAAUGUUUAAAGACUUCUA